ACGGUAAAUCUCAGUGGUCCGCAAGUAUGGCGGAGCCGACUGUUCGUAUGCCAGGGAUCGUCCUCGCUUCACUGAUGUUUCAGCAUGUGAACAGUGAUUCAGACGUAGAAGGCCUCAUUCUUGGAGAGAGCAAGUUGGAAGAGCAGAUUACCAUCAGUGACUCUCAAGCUGAUCACAUUCAGAUCGAGGAAAUAUACAAUAUCCAAAAACACAUAACCUGCCACAAACUGAAUAACUUCUGUAACGGUAUGGGAGAGGUAAACCUGGAUAAACUAAAGAAAAUCUUGGCAGACAGUAAACAGAGUGUGAUUGGUUGGUACAGACAACGCAGGAACACCGAUCAACAAAUGACGUUUCGAGAAAAGGUCAUCCAUGAGAACCUGAAGAAAGCGUUGUCCAACCCUCACAUGAUCUUUCUGCUGCUGACGCCCAGCAAGUUAACACCACCAGGCUCAACUCACAGGACGGAGUAUGCUGCUUUUAUAUCACACGGCAGACAGUUCAUAAAUGUUCCUGUGUUGGUCAACAACCUGGGUUUGUUGGAGCAGCUGGCGUACUGGAAGGUGUCUGCAGCUUGUUCAGCAGCAGGUUACAGCCGCACCAUGAAGAAACACGGGUCAGUGUUUUUCAACUCAACUGGGUCACUAAAAGAAGUGAAUGAAGUUAGCAAAAUGUAUGACUCUUUGCAGUUCGAACUGCGGAAAGCCUGCAGGGACGUUGAGGAGAGUGAACGACGGGUUGAAACAUUGCUGGCAGAUGUUGCAGCUCUGAGGAAACGAGUUAAUGAGAAGAGAGGACACAGAAUGGAAAAAGCAGACACAGACGCCUUCCCACCCGAGCCAAAGAAGAACAUGCUGCUUCAUGAGGCCCUUGAAGCCCUGUUAUCCUGCUCCCCUUUAUUCCAGACACAGACUUUAACCCUCCAGGCCUUUCCCGUGCCAGAGCUCUGCUGCAGCGCUGAUAGUGGCACAGAUGUGACCACAACACUGCUCGGUCCAGAGGAGGUAUCGAACAACGACAGCAGCAGAGCCAUCUCUCGAAAAAGACUGAAAAAAGUGCCGGUGAGGGAGAAUAAAAAAAGCAGAAAGAGCGAAUCCCAGUGUGCAACAUUAACACUGGGUGUCAGUGUAUCGGCCAGUCAAGAGGAUACUGCCACUGCAGUCGAUGAUGAUUAAAGGAGCAGUUCAUGAGUUAGCGUCCAUUCCAGUCUCCUCUACAACAGAUGUGACUGGUAACUGGUUCUUAAGAGCCCCAAAAUUGCAUAAACAAAGCAAAAAAACACCUUGCACAGCGAAAUCCACCUGUUCUAAAGCCAAACAAUCAUACAGAUUCCAGAAAUAUUGAUCUUAUUGCCAUUUUUUUCAUUUCUGAAUGAACUGUUUCUUCAUUGAUAACUGGCUUGAUGGACCUUCAUCACUGUCAGUCAUGAUUUGUUGCUUAUAUAUUUGGUGUGCUGUGGAUCAGUUGUUCUCAACUGGUGGGUCAUGGUCCAAAACUGGACUGCCGGUCAACUAUGAGUGGACCACAGGUGUAAGGGGUCUGCUUAUCACCCAAUUACCUGUGCACAAAAUCAAGAAAAAGUUUAACUAAUAAUUCCUUAAUAAAGGAGUUUGAUGUAGCGUGCAGAACAUUCAUAGUGCAUGACAACAUUGUAGUUUCCUGCACUUUUCCUUUUGCACAGUCAGUCUAGCUGGCUGUGGCCGUAGCUGAUGUGUGGACCCUGUGACGACACCACAGCUAAUCUCGUUCCUGAAUUGAAGCUGUGACUUCCCCAGGCUUCUGUGCAUUUACUAAAUUUCCCAAGCAAAAGUAAAUGCAGUGAGGUUAACACUUUCUUCAGGUUCUCAUGGAUGACCUUUUUUACACACACCCAUUAUUUUAGCAGUUUGAUGGUUUUCUAAAAGGGUUUGGUAUGAUUGUAGUUGUGCUGAGGCUCCCACUGACUGAUAUGGGUGCUGCUAAAUGUGCACUUGUUAGUAUAGAGGUGUCAAAUUAUCAGUAGUUGUCUGUCUCACAACUGUAAAUAUGAUGAAAACUGUAAUGGAAUUGUUGAGAGGUAUACCUUUUUGAUAAAAUAAAACUUGCA